UAGAUGACAAUUAGCUGGUCUGCCUGCAUUGGACAAUGUUAGCUAACGCCAUGCAGUUAAAAUAGCUGUCUAGCUAACGACGUUAGCGAGCUAGCAGAUGUCUGUCAAAAGCUUUCAAGCAUAUAACGUUAUUUGUUAGCUAACGUUAGCCUGGCUACAGUCAUUUAUCAGUAUGAAGUUAGCUAGCUAGAUAUUCUAAUCUAGCUAGCUGCUACACACGAGAAGUUAGCAAGACCUUGAACACAAAAAAAACUAGCAGGAUAGCAAAAGUAGUUAGUACAGUAGCUAGCUGGUACGGUUGUCUAGUUAGCCAACGUUGUCGCUAGCCAACUAACGUUAACUAGGUUUCUAACUAGUUAACUAGCCAGAAAGCGUUGCCGUUGUCUUAGCAAGCUAGUCAUAUUUAAAGGCCUGUUGUAUAUUUAGGCCUCCCGUAUAGACCACAAUAUUAGCUAACGUUGGUUGACAGGCAGGCUGGAGGGCUUGCACGAUAAUUGAUGGACACGGAUUGAAAUAAUCUGAUAAUGAAACUAAAAUAGCCAAAUAAUUGACUGACUAGCAAGGUAACUACCGAGUUAUCAAACAUUUUAGAACUAGUAGUUCGUUAACUAGCCAUCACGAAAUAUUGUGCGCAGACGCUGGCUGACAUCUUUACCAGACACUUUUGUAUUGUGCGCUUGCUGAUGAUAACUAAUAUGGCAAUGAUUGGAUGAUGCAAUACUGUUUUGUGGUAGUGCAUAGUUAGUUAGUUCGCAACUGCAUAGGUAGUUAGCUAACUAGUUAGCGACACUAUAUUUUCCAAUGCUAGCCCGUACUAGUUAAAUUGGGGACCAAUAGCAGGCUACCGGUCUCACACGAGUUGCAUGUACUAGUACCAAAAUGAUAAUGGAAAAGCACCAUGCAAUUUGCAGAGCUACAAUUGUGAAUUAGAUAUUCACUAUCUAGUUAGUUAAUACUUAAAAGCCUUACACACAUAUAUAUAUUAUAUCUGCUGGUCUACGUCAUGCUGAAGGUGGUCACAUUGGAGGAGAGCAGAGUUGCCCCAACUUGAUCUUGGGGCCUCCACUGGGUGCACGUUUUUUUUCUUCCCAUGCACUACACAGUUGAUUCAAAUAGCCAACUCGCCAAGCUUUGACUAUUUGAAUCGGCUGUGUAGUGUUGGGGGGACAAAACAACGUGUACCCAUUGGGGUGGGUUGUGGAAACCCUGGAGUAGAGAAGUGGUGCCUACAUUAACAAACUUUAGCCUGUGAGGGAAAGAUGUAUUGACCACCUGAUGAAGUUUAAAGGUGUGAUGAGAUAAAUAUCGAAUUGGCCAGAGUUCAAACCGGGGGCGGGGUAGAUGUCAGUGAUUUCAAUUUGUUAACAUGUGACACAUCACAUAUGUGACCAGGCUAGGUCUUGCUUUAGUGCUGGUUGGUUAUAUUCUUGCCUCCAGUGCUGGGUUCUAAUUCUAAAUGUAGAUGCCAUGCCAAAACAGGUCAGAGUCUGUGCCAGAUUUUGGGUUCACAGGUCAGGUGAUGAUCCCAUCUGGAAACAGGUUGCCAAAGCAGAUUGACCGACAGACCGAGCUGGUACAUCACCCUCGGUCUCAGUUAGUAUCCACUGCAUUUUGACAGUGGUGUAAACUACUUGGGUAAAAAUACUUGAAAGUAGUACUUAAGUAGUUUUGGGGAGUAUCUGUACUUUACUAUUUAUAUUUUUGAUAAUUUUUACUUCACUACAAUUCUGAAGAAAUAUCAGCUUUUUACUCCAUACAUUUUCCCUGAUGCCCAAAAGUACUUGUUACAUUUUGAAUGCUUAGCAGGACAGGAAAAUGGUAAAAUUCACACACUUAUCAAGAUAAUUUCCCUGAUUAUCCCUACUGCCUCUAAUCAGGCGGACUCACUAAACACACAUGCUUUGUUUGUAAGUUAUGCCUGAGUGUUGGAGCGUGCCCCUGACUAUCCAUAAUUAUUUAUUUAUUUUUAACAAGAAAAUGGUGCCAUAUUUUUUGCUUAAUAUAAGGAAUUUGAAAUCAUUUUUACUUUUAUUACUGAAGUAUAUUUUAGCAAUUACAUUUACUUUUCAUACUUAAGUAUCUUUAAAGCCAAAUACUCAGGUAUGUCAAUUAGGUACUUUUUUAUCACUGCAUUCUGGGAGUAACUUCACUGGUCUUGACUGUACACACAACAUUGCUAUUUGAAUCCUUGCUGUCUUUUGAUAGCUGAGGAACACUCAACCCCACUCUCUUAUAUCGAGGCACAGUUGAUAACGGGUCGCAUGAUUUGCUAGCAACAAUAUUAAGUGCCCAUCAAUCAAUACUUUUAUCGACUACAACCACCUACUUUCCUCAUUUGUGUUGCUCAGUGCAAAUUUGCUUGUGCCAAUUGGAUCUCAGUUUAACUAGUAUUUCAAGGGCACUACUUCUCCAGUUAAGCAACACAAUUGAGGAAAUUUGGUUGUAUUCAAGUUUUUAUUAGAAGUAUGAAUUUCAGUACCCCGCGGAAGGACCGCAGUUAGAUACAGGUAGGUGUUUUAAGAAUUACAAUUUUUACAAGUAUCGACUGAUGGUGACUCGAUGUUGUUGCUAGAAAAUCACACGACCAGUUAUCAAUGCUCAACUCUGCCUUGAUAUGAGAACAGAGUUGAGACUUCUUCAGCUGUCUUUGGACUACCUGUAUUGUCAUGGCUGUUUGUAAAUGGGGGACAUUUUAAGUUGGUCACCUUUCUGCACCCUUUCCAUACAAACCGCACACCCAUCCCUUCAUGGUGUGAGUUCAACCCUUCCUUAUCUGAUCUUCUGCCAGACCAAGGAAGCCAAAUUUAACACCAGGGAUGUCAUUGACACCUUGAACAGCUGUGAUACAGCAUAUAUAACCCCACCCAUAUCCCAGUUCCCUAUUAUCAGUAGGUAGAUCCAGCCUGUAUUACAAAAAGUGAAUGGGUAGGUCAUGGAAUGUGGCAAUUUUGAUGGGGGUGGAGGCCAUAAAAAAACUGAACUAACCAUGAGGGGCCGCAGUUGCUCGGGGGUCUGCUCCCCCUGUGCAAUUAUACACAUUUUGCCACGGGGUGGAGAGAAGAUUUAGUGAUUUUAGAACUAAUUUCAUGCACUUCUACUACAUUUUGCCAUGUGUGAGAGGAAAAGUGGCUGUUUUACAGCUAAUUUACGGCAAUUCUAAACAUUUUGACCUAGGGUGGAUAGAAAGAUAUCAUUAACGGCAUGCAUGAGCGAGACUAACUAACAAAAUCAAAUGGGGCCCCCAAGCCAGUAAUUUGAGCAUGAUAACAAGUUUAGAUAGCUGGCCACUAAACUAACUUGUCAAUCUAAAAAUUGACUUGACUAUCAAUGACUGACACAGCAAGAGAAACUGCUGAUGCACAACCAAAUUUAGAAAUUGCACCCUGUGUAUUCUACUAUUCUACUAUUCUAACUCUCAACAGUAAGUUCACAGAGUUCCCUAUUUAUUUCUUAUAUAUUUUGUAUUUGGAAAUUCAUCCCAGGGCUGCCAGUUGCCCAUCCCCGUCCUAGAUAAAAGCUCAGUGAGAGAAGUUCUGACACGUCCCACUGAGGGGCUCAUGCAUUCCCCUGGCUCUCACUGCUCUACGCCCUGACUAGAUAAGGUUAUAAGCACAUUACAGUUUGUCUGAGGAGGGGUGUGAGUUGAGAGAAAGGAUAUAUGGCUGAACAGUGGUGUGUUUGUGUUAACUACACUAGUGGGGAGAGGCUGGAGAAGUACCGGUAACAACAUGAGGGGUCAUGUAGAGGCCCCUUUGGAGUAGGGUAGGGCAGAGGACAUUCUACCUCUGGUCAGUGUUCGUCAAUGAUUACAAUCAGUAAUGUCUCAGCGUCACCUCCCCUUAUGAUGCAACUGGGCAGUAAACCAUUCAAUAAAAUCUAUAGUUUCAAAGUAAACAAAAUUCCUGCAGUUAGCCUGCCCUUUCAACAACCUCGCACACAAUUAAAGUAAUGAUUCUAAUGCUUGAUAUCAAGCAAGGGUGAGAAUCAUUUUGCUUUCAGCUGUUUCUGUCUUCAGAUCAAUCUGUUUAGCCUGCCCCUCUACAACCUGUUUCUUAGCAAUAUGAAUCUUAGUGUCAGUAUGACUUAUGAAUUGUGAGUCAGUAGGUUAUGUUGUAUCUUGGUAUCGGUAUGAUGAAUAGUGAGUCAUGUAAUAAGUGCUGCCUGCCUUGUGUGUUGUACUCUGCCCGGUAUUAUAGUCCCCAGGUUAACUCUUGGCCCAGGGUUGCUUCAUGGGAGAGGUCUGAUUAGUACCUUUGUACUGAUUGGCUCCUCCUCACUGAGCUCUCUGAGUCAGUACCAAUGCAGUUUGAACAACUUCUGUCACAAAGUUUGGUUUAGUCCUUCUCUGCGGAUCCCUUUCCUUCAUUAUCCCCUUCAGUUGUUGAUAUCGUUUCUCUCUCCUCUGUGGAUAGGUAGGACUGUGCACUCGCUGCUUGGUCGACCACGGUAACUCACCACCAUGCCGUUCCCCUUUGGCAAGUCCCACAAGUCACCGGCGGACAUCGUCAAGAACCUGAAGGACAACAUGACGGUGUUGGAGAAACACGACAUCUCUGACAAGAAGGCUGAGAAGGCCACAGAGGAGGUGUCUAAGAGCCUGGUUGCGAUGAAGGAGAUUCUGUAUGGCACUAAUGAGAAGGAGCCCCAGACAGAGGCGGUGGCCCAGCUGGCCCAGGAGCUCUACAACAGCGGCCUGCUCAGCACCCUCGUAGCUGACCUGCAGCUCAUCGACUUUGAGGGUAAGAAGGAUGUGGCUCAGAUCUUCAACAACAUUCUGAGACGUCAGAUCGGGACACGGACGCCCACGGUGGAGUACCUCUGCACUCAGCAGAACAUCCUCUUCAUGCUGCUCAAAGGGUACGAGUCUCCAGAGAUCGCUCUGAACUGUGGCAUCAUGCUGAGGGAGUGUAUCAGGCACGAGCCACUGGCCAAGAUCACCCUGGGGGCCGAGCAGUUCUACGACUUUUUCAGAUACGUGGAGAUGUCCACGUUCGACAUCGCUUCAGACGCAUUUGCAACUUUUAAAGACUUGCUAACGAGACACAAGAUUCUGAGUGCAGAGUUCCUGGAGCAGCAUUACGACAGGUUCUUCAGUGAAUAUGAGAAGUUACUCCACUCAGAGAACUAUGUGACUAAAAGGCAGUCCCUCAAGUUGCUGGGAGAGCUACUUCUGGAUCGACACAAUUUCACCAUCAUGACGAAAUACAUCAGCAAGCCAGAGAACCUCAAGCUAAUGAUGAACCUUCUUCGGGACAAAAGCCGCAACAUCCAGUUUGAGGCCUUCCACGUCUUCAAGGUGUUUGUGGCCAACCCCAACAAGACACAGCCCAUCUUGGACAUUCUUCUGAAGAACCAGACCAAACUCAUCGAGUUCCUCUCCAAGUUCCAGAACGACAGGACGGAGGACGAACAGUUCAACGAUGAAAAGACGUAUCUGGUCAAACAGAUCAAAGAUCUGAAGAGGCCAGCUCCCCAGGAGGCUUGAGGGAGGGGCUUAAGGUGUCCAGACAACAUCUGGAUAACAGACUUGUCAGCAGCUGCUGCUGUUCUAGUUUUUCCACCAUUUGAGGAAACGAAACUGAAAAGAAUAACGCACCCACAUCAAGUCAUCAGGAAUUCUCCAGCUCAUUCUGCUGUUCAACACAAUGGACAUUAGAUGUUUUGUUUUCUGAUUUAUUUUUUUCCUUUAAAAAGAAGAGCUGAACAUAAUAGAUGCUGCACAUUAAUACAUGUGGAAGGGUAACAUCAACAACACAACAAAGGUCAUUUAAGCAAAUAUUAACAAUGAAAUCUACAUUUGAGCGCUAUGCAGACUUCUGACGCACACACACAUGCUAUAAUAUCAGCAUAAACCUUGAGAUGGCAAGGUACUAGCAAAGUGAACAUUGGGGUGUUGGUUGCAUGCCUUGUUCAAAUGUGACAGAUACAUGGCUGUGCUUGGGGCUAAACGCUGGCUGAGAGAUUACAUUUCCAGUCUUGCCCUGUCUACUUUGUGCCACAGAUGGCAAAAAGCACAUACCAGCUACAACUCUUAUCUAUGCCUUCAUCGUGUGCAACAGUGAUUCAUUUUAAAAUGGGCUCUCAAAUGGCCUCACCGAACCAUGCAGCUAUUGGUGUUGUGAAACAGUACAAAGCAGAUGGUAUGGAUAAAAUGCUAGAUAUUAUUUCGGUACAUGCCUGAAUUGGGUUUCUUUUUUUGUUCUGGGAAAGGGUGAACGUGUACAUAUGCCAUUAGUGUUUUUUUUUUUGCUUUGUAGAUUUUGUUGAAACGUUGACACAUGGCUAAACAGUACUAGUCAAAAAUUGUCACCUGCUCAUUCAAGUUUUUUAAAUGUGUACUAUUUUCUAUGUUGUAGAAUAAUAGUGAAGACAAAUUAUGAAAUAACAUGGAAUCAUGCAGUAACCAACAUUUUUUUAACUUUUAGAUUCUUCAAAGUAGCCACCCUUUGCCUUGACAGCUUUACACACUCUUGGCAUUCGCUCAACCAGCUUCACCUGGAAUGCUUUUCCAACCGUCUUGAAGGAGUUCCCACAUGCUGAGCACUUGUUGGCUGCAUUUCGUUCAUUCUGUGGUCCAACUCUUCCUACCCAUCUCAAUUGGGUUGAGGUUGGGUGAUUGUGGAGGCCAGGUCAUCUGAAGCAGCACUCCAUCACUCUCCUUGGUCAAAUACCCUUACACAGCCUGGAGGUGUGUUGGGUUAUUGUCCUGUUGAAAAACAAAUGAUAGUCCCCCUAAGCCCGAACCAGAUGGGAAGGUGUAUCACUGCAGAAUGCUGUGGUAGCCAUGCUGAUUAAGUGUGCCUUGAAUUCUAAGUAAAUAACUGACAGUGUCAUCAGCAAAGCACCCUCACACCACCUCCUCCAUGAGUCACGGUGGGAACCACACAUGUGGAGAUCAUCCGUUCACCUACUCUGCGUCUCACAAAGUCAUGGCGGUUGGAACCAAACGUCUUUAAUAUGUACAGAUUUCCACCGGUUUAAUGUCCAUUGCUUGUGUUUCUUGGCCCAAGCAAGUCUCUUUCUUAUUGGUGACCUUUAGUGGUUUCUUUGCAGCAAUUCAACCACGAAGGCCUGAUUCACGCAUCCCCUCUGAACAGUUGAUGUUGAUGUGUCAGUGUUACUUGAACUCUGACACAUUUAUCUGGGCUGCAAUUUCUGAGGCUGGGAACUCUAAUGAUCUUAUCCUCUCCUGCAGAGGUAACUGCGUCUUCCUUUCCUGUGGUGGUCCUCGUGAGAGACAGUUUCAUCAUUAGCGCUUGAUGGGUUUUGCUACUGCACUUGAAGAAACUUUCUACGUUUUUUUUAUUUUUAAUUCUCCGUAUUGUCUGACGUAAAUGUAUUUUUAAAGGAAUGAUGGACUGUCAUUUCUCUGCUUAUUUGAGGUGUUCUUGCCAUGAUAUGGACAUGGUCUUUUACCAAACAGGGUUACGGUUCUGUAUCUUCUGUAUACCACCCCUACCUUGUCAUAACAGAACUGAUUGGCUAAAAUGCAUGAAGGAAAUUCAACAAAAUAUUAUUAUUUUUAAAGGAACACCUGUUAAUUGAAGUGCAUUCCAGGUGAUGACCUCAUGAAGCUGGUUGAGAGUGCAAAGCUGUCAAGGCCAAUGGUGGCUACUUUGAAGAAUCUCAAAUAUAUAAUAUAUUAAUUUGUGUAACACUUUUGGUUACUACCGGUACAUGAUUCCAUGUGUUAUUUCAUAAUUUUGAUGUCUUCACUAUUAUUCUACAAUGUAGAAAAUAGUCAAACUAAAGAGAACCCCUUGAAUGAAUAGCUGUUAACUUUUGACUGGUUACUGUGUGUAUAUAUUUGACUUUAAAACAACAGUUUUUUUUGUUACUUCUAAUCAAGUACAUUUUUAAAACCGUGACACGUAAAAUCAGACAUUAUGCGUUUCAUUUUACUGAAUUGAAAUGGUUUUUAUUUGUACAUGACUUCCAGCCAGGGCCAGCUCUUACAUUGUUAACCAUUAAUAAUAAUUAGUACAGCUGAGGAAUGUCAUGGUAUUAGCCUAGAUCUCUUCUUAAUCCUCUUUUUCCGUCUGUAUUUAAGUAACUCAGUUAAAAUGUGCUGGGUGCCAGGACAUUGGGGUGGAAGGGAAGAGUUCUAACGGAAACAUUAAAUUUGUGCUGAGCAAGCCAGCCAAUGGUUGCGUGCCAUGUCAUCAAAAUGACAGAUUGCUAUAACAUGAUGGGGUUAGCUGAUAUGUAAAAUAUCUAUCCAGGCGUUAAAGAUCUGGCAGGCUUCAGCAACGCUUGGGCAGAGGAACACACCCUUCAUCUCCCAACUGGAAUCUGUUCUGGGUGUUUGUGUGGAUUUCAGGGAAUCGCAACAUUCUCCCCCCCACUCAUCCACUCUGGUUUAUUUUUAUACUCUAACUUCACCGCUUUCUGGUGGUGUCUGGGUGUUGCAACACUCUGAUUUUAUUAUUUUAAAUUCCAGUACAAUCCCAGAGCAUUGUGUAUGUUAUUUGGAGAUUGUUUACUUUUACACUGACUGAGCAAAUCUGCCAUUUGAAGCACAGUAUUUAUUUGAGGGAUGGAGUUGAUUGGAUGAUAUGAAAAUCUUGCAUAUAUAACACUCAACAGACAUGUUUAAUUGCAGUGACGGAUAUGGUCAGAGUGAUGUUGAGCCGAGUGCUUUUGACUGAACGCUCAUCCAUGUAUUCCAAUAGACAACUGAUCAACCAUUUCAUUGUGCAAACCAAGAGAGAACAGUACGCUAAAGACCAGUAUUCCUCAAUGCAUAUUUAAAUAGCAUGUUCCUCUACUGGCUGCAUGGUACAUACAAUGUUGUGCUGGAAUUUUCUUCCAAAUAAAUAAUUUACAUUUGAGAAUAGCCAAAUAAUCAUGCUAUCUUUGACUCCAGUCCCAGCACAUUGUGUAUGGGUGCUUUCAUUUCAGAAGUGUCAAAGGCUCUACAAUCUAAACAACAGGAAUAAAGGAAAAACAUUUGGAAUAAAUUGAA